GCCAGGUGUUUCAUUCACAGUUUAGCGUUUGGAAAGCUAGUUACACCAUGUCUGACUACAGCAGCGACGAAGAAUAUGAUUUCAGCACACAACCAGAAGGAUAUCUGUAUGAACCCGAAUAUACGGAUGCAGAACUCUAUCAGAUGGAGGUAGAACGGGCAGAGAGAGAGAGAGAGAUGGCGAGCAGAGAUGUGGAACGUGAAAUCGGGGCCGCAGCUGCGAGACCUCGAGUGACUGAUACAAGGUGGUGUACGUGCAACAAGUGCGAAGUUAUGCAGACCGAGGUUGAGUGCUACUGUUGCCAUGAAUGGGACCUCGUAAUGCCUCGCAUGCAGGACCUUUCCAUUGACGAGGAGGCUGGCGCAUCAGCAGCUGUCUGCAUCACCAAUAACAACGACUUGCCUGCAAUCCUGAAUGCUGGUGUCCUCGAGACUUUUUUCCACAUCCCGAAAAUAAACUGGAAAAAGCGCCCCAAACCUGCUGGACCCGAUGGCCAGUUGUCUGCAGAACAGUACAGGCUGGUCGCCUAUCGCAUCAUAAUGGAAUGGGCUCUGAAAGGACAGACGCUUGGUCCUGGCAACAGAAGAGUUCUUCCCUCCUGCGUGGUGGCGCUAAUAAGAAGAACAUAUCCAUCACCAAGUGGACAAUAUGCUGGUUUCAAAGAGUCAAAUGAUGCACUGCAAUUGUUUUAGAAUUUUAAAAAUCAAAAGCUUUACUGUGAAUUUCUUUUU